AUACCUCUAAAUGACCAGUGUUCUGUGUGUGGUCAGCUGAUGGGUGUGUCUGAAUUCCUACGGUCAGCAGUCAGCCGAUCCGCACCGUCAAUUUUUACAUUACAUCAGGAGAAGUACUGUCUCAAACGAGUGAGGAACUACACAUUUGCUUUAGAAGGUCGGCCGACUGACAGUAACGAGCUGCUGAAGAGACAGUUGGGACAUCUUUAUGAGGGUUUUGUCUUUGUUUACGGGGACAUUGACAACAUCAGACAGCAAUACCACACCAAUCUUGGAUUUCUGGCCGAAAUGAAGGCAUUAUGGGAAAUGCUGUUCCCCCCUGCUAGCUGCCUCAGCGUCAACCACAUAGAAAGAGUGUUCCAGGUCCUUCCUUCCGUUGAGGUGAACAGUGACUUAUUUCUUCAAGCCUCGAACAUCCUACAAUCCAGCCAGCGAAGGCCGGGGGUCACACUAGGUGUCAUUCUAUACAAACAAAGGGUGUUAUGUACACAGAUGUCCCCCGAGCUGACCAGGAAACUCGUCCUCAUCCGUCCAGAGCUACCAUGUGCUGAAAUGAAAACAGACUUUCCGCUACCUGUAGGAGUGAGACUCAUCACGAUAUAUGUGACGGAUGAGGAAUAUUCCGCUAUCAAACCACAACACAGUCAGAAUUCCCAGGGACAGUACAGGCAUUGUGACCACUCAAAGUUCGUCUGGGGGAAAGCCUCGCCAGAUUAUGAUUGCAGUAAAAAAUCAGAGUCUCCAAGACGCUUUACAAAAGACGAAUCAAAUAUCAGACGACCAAGCUCAAGAAACGAUAGGAACUAUAGUGGAAGAAAUUCAAAUAUGGAAAUUAUUCCAGAAAUUCCUUCUUCUGUUCUGUCUGACAUAACUUACGUGGAAUGUAAAGAAAAGUUGAAAACAUCUGAGAAAUCCAAUGAGACUGAAACAAUAGAAGUAUUCAAGCAAAACGUUAAACCUAAAGGUAGAACGGAGUGUAGAAGUGUGAAAGGCGAGCUCCCGGGCCGUAAGAUUGUAGUAACUGUUUCGGGAGAAGACAGUGAAACCAUCAGUGACUUAGAGGACAAUGAGGAUGAAACACUACCAAAUGUUUCCCCGAACAAAGACAAGAAUUUUGUGAAAUUUUUUUCCGAAAGAAUUUCAGCUGACAUUAUUGUGCACCAUUGUCCAGACCAGUCUGAUGGGAGCACGGUGGACAACACGAGUGAAAAACUGCCGAAAAUUGUCACCGAUCAUGAUAGCACUAGUAACGCCCAUGUUGCCAUGGAAACGGAAAAUCAUUUGCACACCAUAAACAUUUUACCUGAGCAACAGGGACAAAUCAGAAAUCAAACGGAAAAUAAUGAAAGUGAUGUUGUGAUUGAAAAAAGUGGGAGAAGUGUGUCCCCUGUAGACCAUUCAAAGGGACACAACUCUCCUGGAGUUUCGAGAAGACAAUCUGCUGGAUUUGUUUCCGAGUCCGAGGAGACCGGGACGGAGAGUGUGUAUGGAAUCUCCGCUAAGAGUUGCGAUGAAUCUGUUAUGAGUUAUCUCUCCUCUCAGGAAAUUGAGGAAAAUAAGGAGACCAUGGUUUUCAGGGGCAGCAACUACGAGACGCCUGGCGAGGAAUCCAGUGUUGACGGUGGGGUCACAGAUCAAGGAAACCCGGCCAACGAGCCUGGUGAUGUGACUGUAGACACUCCGGAUACUUCCAUAGAAACUGUACAUAACUCGGGAUCUUUUGAAAGCCAAACGACAAGAUCAACCGUUGAUGCAGACGUUGAUUCAUCGUUGAUAUGGUCACCAGAAAAACACGGCCUGCAUGAAUUGACACUUUACAUUCAGAGACACUCAGAUGUUUGUCUUAUGUUACUGAUGGAGGAGGAAUCGGCUAUCAAUGAAAACGCAUUGAAAGCCCUGUAUAAGAGUUCGCUAACCAAUAUGGCUGAGCUGGAUUACUAUGUGAAGGAGUGUAUAGCACAGUCCCCUAAUGAGGGUUUCAUGGACAGCUACAAUUUCCUGAAAUACGAUUCCUUUUUCCAGACCGUGAAAGGUAAUGCCCUACAGCCUCUGACGGGAGAGGAUGAUGAGUUCCAUCGCCUGGCCGGACAGAUGCACAGUGACUUUGAAGAGAACAAAGGAAUGACCAAUGUCAUAUUCAGGUCACAUGGAGGCAGUUGCUAUGGAAACAAGACCAUCAAUAAUGAGACAUAUUUCUGCAUGACAAACCAGGCAGAUUCCAGGAUGGAGUCCGGACCACUGAGCAAAGAUCCAGUAUUUUCGCUCGACCUGCUUGCCAGAGAGAAACUGUCAAAAGUGCACAAAAUUACUCUGCUGUGAUAUUGUAACUCGGAGCAACAUUACUUGUGGUACCACCGUGGUUUUCAAGGAACAAUGAGAUAUAUUAGAUAUGUUACUGUAUGUACAUUGUGAUAUUUAUUGAGUAGUUAUUAUAUUAUUAAACAUUUUAUAACAUCCAAUACAAUCUCAAAUUUUGUUCUAAAAGUCAAAUGUCAGAAUCUGAAAACUAUUUUGGGCGGGCCCUGGUAAUUACUUAAAGGUGGGUAAAGCAUUAACCAGUGGUUAGGGGAAAUAGGGAAAUAUGAAUACAACAAAACCAGAAACGUCUGACAUCAUUUAACUGUUAUAGAUUGGUCGAGACAAAUACGAUUGAUGUGUCCUCUGAUUUUGCUUUGGAAGCCUUUGCUUCUUAUUGAAUUCAGGCAACAAUUUCAAUUUUUCACUAACCACUGGUUAAAAAUAGCCAACAAAUGAGUAACUUGGGCCAGAUGUUUCAAUUUAUUUGGCCCCAUGCAGGGUCCCUAAUUGUUACAGUAGGUAAAAAUUGUGUCGCCAAAAAAUAUCGCCAAACUGAACUGUGACACGACCUGGUUUAAAGUGACGAUACCCGCUUGCCAUGAUGAGCCCUUCUCACUGAUCGUAAUUAUGAUCAAUAAAAGGUAUCUAAUUAUGUCUUUCACCAGGAGAUA